GGGGAGAGAGAAAAGAGGGAGAAGACAGGGUGGAGAGUGUGUAGUGCUCUUUCUAUAGUCAAGCAGCUGUCAUUCAUUUGGCGCACACAAACCCCCAAAAAUCCUUACCUCUUUCAUCAUUCCCUUCAAAGUUCAAUCUUCCAACUGUCCCUCUCUCCGUUUCUCUCUCUUAUCACCCAUCACGACCACCGGCCGGCGGCGUACGUUAAGAAGGAUGAAUGUAAUUUAAUGUAAUGUAGGAGGAUAUCGAUCGAUCGAUCAAUUGCCAAACGAUCGAUGGCCCAUCAGCAUCAGCAUCAGCAUCAACAGUGGGGAGACACGAGCUUAACAAAGGUGUUCGUGGGCGGCCUCGCCUGGGAAACUCCUACUCACCUCAUGCGCUCCUAUUUCGACCAGUUUGGAGAUAUUCUCGAGGCCGUCAUCAUCAACGACAAGCACACCGGAAAAUCCAAGGGAUAUGGAUUUGUGACAUAUAAAGAUCCAGAAUCUGCUAGAAGAGCCUGCGCCGAUCCCAACCCUGUGAUUGCUGGAAGAAGAGCCAAUUGUAACAUUGCCUCUUUUGGACGACCGAGACCCAGACCUUCUCUCCCAAUAGGUAGUGGAUCACCGGCACAGGCUGCGCCUGCGCCACCGUUGUACCGCCAGCCGCCACCGUCUCUGCCGCCUGUGAUUUAUCCACCAUAUGGGUAUACAGCUUUCCCACCGGGUUAUGGUUACCAACAGACACAAUAUUACAACCAGCAGGUUUACGGGGCUCCUUUUUCACCUAAUGCGGGUGCUCCAUAUUAUUACGGGUACUCCAUUCACGGGCCCAACCAUAGGAGUACAUUUCCCAUUGUACCCCCGGCGCAACGUAUUCAAGGACCAUCUUAUCUUUACUAUCCUGAGCCCGCCACGUCAUCCUUUGCUCCGCGACCCCACUUUCUGCCGGGCCCACCUCCAAUGCAGCCUUUUCCACGUAACUCUCUCAUACUUCUCAUUUAA